AUGGUUUCCACUAUGGUAAAGUGUCGACGCAGUCGGAAGGCACCGCCCGAUGGCUGGGAGCUGAUCGAACCCACUCUUGACGAGUUUGAACAAAAGAUGCGCGAGGCCGAAGCCGAACCGCACGAGGGCAAAAGACGCGUCGAGGCGCUCUGGCCAAUAUUUCGAAUUCAUCACCAAAAGUCUCGUUACAUUUACGACCUCUAUUACAAACGUCAGGCCAUCACUAAAGGUAGUCCGCUUUCGCUUGGUCCUUUUUUGGAUCUGGCUUGGCAAAAUCUUUGGAUUUGGCUUGUUUAUAACAUUUAUAAUUUAGUCACUGUGUUCUAGUU